CUGAAAGGAUCUAAGAGACCACUUCAUCCAGCUAAAUAAGAGGCUUUUUUUUAAAGGCCAGUUUAAAUCAAUUAUCUGUUGAUUGCAAUCCUGUGUGAAGCGAUCUGACAAUCUCCCUAAACUCAAUUGAGUUUAUUUCUGAGCAGGCAUAAAUGAGAUCACACAUUUAGGUAUAAUUCUGGAAUUCAUGCUUCUAUUAAAUUCUGGGACACCAGUCCAAGAAAAUAUUUGACUUCAUGAGCAAAACACCAAAAUAUUAUUGAGAUAUUUCCAUGGAGGCAAGCAAAACAUAUUUAAAUAGCAUUAAAAAUAAACAGAAUAUUGAAAUGGAUCGAACAAUUCACCCUUUGAACAACAUCAACAAACUAGUUGGAAUAGCUCUUAACCUUAGCAGAUUGAUCUCCUAGCAAUUCCACAACCUCAUUGCUAUCGUAGAAGCUUUUGUGAAACCCAUUUGAAAGUAAAUCGAAACUACCUAUUGUGUAAGGCAGGGUGUCAGCCCUUCGAGGUGGGACUUCACAAGCAGGUGAGCUAGAGAUGAAGAUUGUAGAACCCCACCACCCACUUGCCAUUUUUUUUUGUGCCUCACCUCUUCCAAAUGACCAUCUAUUAACACCUAAUAUUGGGACAGCUCUUCCAGAUUCUUUGGUGUGCCUUGUUUCACCAAUUCAUCUCAGCUCAUCAGCAAGUCCUUCUCAAAAUUGAUUAAUCAGAGCGAAAACAUUCCACCCAAUAUCUCUGGUAAAUAAUUGAAAAUUUGAUGUGGGUGCAAAAAAUAUGUUGAUCUGCUUUUAGCUUUUAACUCUCUUGAUUACCUGUUGCUUUCUUAGCAUAAUCAUCAAAAGAAGCUCUAAAUCUUUGUGUGAAAUUCUGGUAUUUGUCUAAUACUGGACCAUUGCUUUCGAUAAUGGGCAUAUCCCAUUUGGCUGUCUCUCUCAGAAAACUCAGAACAAAAGUAAUCUCGAUAAGAUCUAUAGGAUGUUCUGUCAUCCAACUUCAGUAUAAACCAUCUCAAUGUGAAGCUGUAAAAGUUAGAAUUGACUCUUGAGUGUUUCCAAAACAUUUGUGGCAAGCUCCCAUGUCACUGCUGGUUGAGGUGCCAGCCACUGUGCCAUUGGUUGAGGCAAGUCUUAUCGCAAAUGCUGUGCUAGGUGCAUCAUGGAAUUUUGCUUUGUAAAUCCACUUGGUGUUACAAUAAUGCUGCAGCAAAAUGCUUAGCAGAUGGUUGGAUGAAGAUCGGAUGACCUCUCUUUAAUCAAAGACAAGAGUCUGCUUCUCCUAAUAGGAGAGAUGUCGGUUCUUCAAUGUAGGCCAGGGCAUGCAGGAAACAGAUUUUGCAAGAUAUACAGUACUGGAUUUGUAAUCUACAUUAUAGUAGAAUUUUGGAAACCUAACAGCAUUUUCCCUUCCUCUACCAAAGCAAGCCCGUUUAAAUUUCUUUCUAGAGUUGUCUUCUUUCCUUGACUUAAAUUGUAUUUGGCUAAUUGCUACAUUCCUUUUCCAAGAUCAUAUAUGUGCUUUGGUAUGCUAGACUUACUGAACCACAAAUUUGAAAUCAUGUUUAGAACAUAGUGAAUGUAGGCAUGGUUUGGUAUAUUGUACAAAUGUAACCUAAAUAAUCCUCUUUCUGGAUCUUAAGUGUAGGUAAAAUUAAAUGUAGACAGCCUGCCCUUGAGAACAAUCUUCUCCAAACUAAUGUGUUGGAAGUACUGCUCAAAGAAUUCCCAUUAUGAUGUCACAGUGCUUACUGUUGGUAUCAUCAGGACUCUACAUCAUGUCCAUUCCUGCCAUUUGAAAUGGUGGUCAGUACAUGGAGAGUAGGCAUAUAUGAGCAUCAGGAAAUAAAAUGUCAAGCAGAGGAAGUGCAAGUUCUGGCUCUCUGCCGUCAAAGAAAGGACCAGCAGUCAAGCCUAGUACCAAAUUUAGAGAAGAGGGAGAGACAACUCCAAGGAGAAUAGUAAAGGAGACAAGGGCUGUUGUCAUAGACAUUGGUACCGGCUCCUGCAAAUGUGGUUUUGCUGGAGAACAAAAGCCAAGCCAUGUGAUUUCAUCUACUGUAGGCAAGCAUAUCCAGGAGACAGCAAAAACUGGAGAUAACAGGAAGGAAACUUUUGUUGGAAGAGAACUUCAGGAAGCUACAGUACCCUUAAAACUUGUCAAUCCUUUAAGACAUGGAAUAAUAGUGGACUGGGAUUCUGUUCAAGAUAUAUGGGAAUAUCUUUUCCUUAGGGAGAUGAGGAUUCGACCUGAAGAGCAUGCUGUCCUAGUAUCAGAUCCUCCUCUAAGCCCUACUACCAACAGAGAAAAAUAUGCAGAAAUGCUCUUUGAAACAUUUUGCACUCCUGCUAUGCAUAUUGCUUAUCAGUCAAGAUUGUCUAUGUAUUCCUAUGGAAAGACCUCAGGUCUUGUUGUGGAGAGCGGUCAUGGUGUCUCCUAUGUAGUUCCCAUUUACGAAGGAUACACCAUGCCAAGCAUUACCGAAAGAGUAGACUAUGCUGGAUCUGAUGUCACUCAGUACCUAAUGAAGUUAAUAAAUGAGAAUAUAAAAUUGUUCACAGAGAAAGACUGGAAUAUCUUAGAGGAUAUCAAAGAGAACCAUUGUUUCACUUCGCUGGAUUAUCAACAUGAUGCAGCCACAGCUCCCAGGAAACAUGAGAUUGAAUAUCAGCUUCCUGACGGGCAAGUUAUCAUUAUUGGCAAAGAGAGAUUCUUAUGUGCUGAAAUGCUCUUUAAGCCAUCCUUGAUAAACUCGCAGCAAUUGGGACUUCCUCUCCUGACAAUGACUUCCCUCAACAAGUGUGAUGUCGCCCUCAAAAAGAACCUGAUGGGCAACAUCUUGUUAUGUGGGGGCUGCACCACACUAAAGGGCUUUGCUGACCGCUUCCAGAGAGAGCUGAUUAGAAUGUGCCCAAAUGAUAAUCCCAUUUCAUCAGCUUCUCCAGAAAGGAAAACAUCUGUCUGGACCGGAGGCUCCAUUCUUGCAUCUCUCAAGGCUUUCCAGCAGCUUUGGGUUCAUAGAAGAGAAUAUGAAGAAAAGGGUCCUUUUUACAUCUACCGGAAAUGUUUCUAAAUCCCAAUCAUGAAUCCCUUCGCCUAGGAGAACAGAAUGAAGUUUGGUUGAAGAAAAGGACACACUUUCCCUGCUACCCAUGUAAUAUCAAUCUGAAUGUUAUAUGAUCUGGAUGACAUUCUGUUCUCUGUGUAUUAAAAGCUCCUUGUUGUAACAGCAAAA